AAAUGCAGGUGAAGCCACGAAGCCGAAACAGGCAGACGUCCGCAGUGAGUCGCUGUUUUUGUCCGCCUUGGGGGAGCUUCUCCGCCCCGGCAAGUCUUGAUCUACAACACCUCCGCAGCGCCAUGAUGGGCAGUCCACUAUCUAGACCUGACCUGAACGCCUCAGUUAUAGGCCGGAUGUUUCGCUGAUCUGCAAACGCUCAUUGUAUCACGCAAAGUUCCGCCCUUAUCGUUCUGCUCUUCCAAAUGCUCGCAACUCGACUAGCAUGGAGUCGACCGAUCCCCAUGCAUCACACACAUCUUUCAGUGACGGCGACGUUCCUACGUCAGGGCAAUCUGCCCAGCUCCAUAGUCGCUCCGACCGCAGCUCGAGCCCCGAAGGCCGGCCCCCACCGUUACCCCCGCGGCCAACUACACUGAGCUUGUUGGACGAUGGAGGGACAGUUCUUGGAACUCCACGGCUAAACACGCCGGCAGUGCAUCCAAGCUUGCAGUCCAGAGCCACCACGGCUGUAUCGCUGACUGAAACUACUUUUUAUGAGGCUGGGAAGGAAGGAUUACCGGUUCGCUGCCUCCCGACAGCCGUACGCGCGAAAGCUAGCUUGAGCCAUCUUGCAACUCCCAAAGGAGGGAGUGACGCUGGAGACAGCGCAAGCAUCCGAAGUUAUGCACCAUACUCCGAGUCAGGAGAUGGGGAAAACAUAUUUGGUGAUCUGGCAUCGUCGGACUUAGGGGUGGUUCAACAAGAUAGCACUGGCUUGAUGCAGUUUCCGGAAUUCCAAGCCGACGAUAUGGAAGAUGAUUUCAGCACUGAAUUUGAGCCGGUUGGGGAGAUCGAUGUAGAGGAGGGGAAUGAAGAGCUGGUACUCGAGAAAUGGAAAGCGAAACGAAAACACUAUAUCAUCUUAUCGGCUGCUGGAAAGCCGAUAUGGACAAGACAUGGCGAUGGUGGGCUAAUAUCCACCUACGUUGGCAUCAUCCAAACCAUCAUUUCCUCUUAUGAAGAUUCCAAAGACCGCUUGAGCGGCUUCACUGCUGGUGAGACCAAGUUUGCAGUGGUAGCGAAAGGGCCUCUAUACUUAGUUGCCAUUAGUCGAAUCCUUGAAAGCGACACUCAGCUUAAGCUUCAACUCGAGGCACUAUAUAUGCAGAUUCUCUCCACGUUGACGUUACCAUCUUUGACACAUCUAUUCUCUGUACGGCCAUCUACCGACUUGAAACGUCCUCUGCAGGGCUCGGAAACCCUCCUCUCCACGUUGGCAGAUAGCUUCACAAGAGGCUCGCCCUCCACUCUACUAUCAGCACUAGAGUGCUUGAAGAUCCGCAAAUCACACCGUCAGACAAUCAACAACGCUCUCUUGAAAACGAAAGUCAACAAUCUAUUAUAUGGCUUAGUCGUCGCAGGCGGUCGAUUAGUGAGCGUUGUGAGGCCAAAGAAACACUCUUUACACCCUGGUGACCUUCAACUCCUAUUCAAUAUGAUUUUUGAAGCCGAAGCCGUUAAGGCUGGAGGUGGUGAGAGCUGGAUUCCCGUAUGCCUUCCUGGGUUCAACAGCAGCGGAUACCUAUACAUGUACGUCAGCUUCCUUGAUCUCAGGGAAGAUGCCGAAACCGCUGCCGAAGAUACAGCGACCACAGAGGAGUCAGUCGCGAUCAUUUUAAUAAGUACCGACAAAGAAAGCUUCUUCGAAAUGCAGAAGAUGAGGGACAGCUUCGUCGAGCAAAUGGAGAAGAAUGGCAGCAUCAAAAUCAUAAAAGACGCCAUUGGCAAAGGCCGACCUACUACAACCGACAUCGUCCCAGGAACCGUCCUGCACCACUUCGUAUAUAAAUCACGGGCAAACGUUCAGUUCACCAUGUCCUCCUAUGCUCCAGAGUUCUCAUCGGUUGCCCGACGCCGAAGGUUAAUCUCAACGUACAACAAUCUUCACGCAAGCGUACACGCAAAGCAUACGCAUGUCAAGGUCCACCACUGCGUCACUCAGUCUUCUAAUUCGUUUGCUUGGGUAACACCGGUCUUCGAGCUUUACUGUGUUGCUGGGCCGCAUGCGAAUCGAAACGCGCUUGCGCAGAGUGCGAGUAAGAUUGUACAGUGGGUGCAGAAGGAGGAGGAGAGGUUAUUCAUUAUUGGGGGGGCCGUAAGUGUUUCCUCAAUUGCCUGCGUCGAAGCUAACUCGCGACUAAUGCCUUCUACUAGGUGUUUUGAGUCUACUCCUCUGGUAUUCAUGUGGUAUUCAUCAUCCUAGUAACCAUGCUCUCCAAUUGAAAAUCCAUGAGAUUUGCUCGACUUUCAAGAUCUCCCGGCACAUCCGCAUCCUUACUUUAGCGUCUGAGUCAUGGGAUCUAAAGAGAGUCCAGUGCUCUAGUCAAUCGUAUCAUCCCUCAGCGCGAAGAGCUGCUGGAAAACCUCGUCCGCCUUGCUCCGGAUGGCGUUAUGAUACAUCACAUUCGUGAUGAACUGCUUGAUACCCUUGAUCUUCGCCGCUGUGUUCGACGCGUGCUCGAAAUGCACAUACAUAUCCUCCAAGUACGUUGCCGCAUAAACGGGCACUUCAUUCUUCGCCAACUGUUCCUCGUCGUAGAGCGCGGGCCAGUCGGUUGUUGCUGCUAGAAUAUCCGCCACCUCUUUGAUCUGAUUGAGCUCGCUGUAGGAGUCGAACAUGUCCUUGUAUAUCUGUCAUUCUAAAGUUAGUGGAAAUCCAUGUUGAGCCAGGCUAAAGGAGUUAC